AUGUCAUGCACUCUUCCGGAAGACUUGGAAGGCAUCUUAAGCUUCUGUUAUGAUAGCAAUAUCCAUUAUGCUGAAUCCAAGCUGGACAUCAAGCUUUCGGCUUUGGGGGGCCUAGGUGUUUUCGCGGCUACAGAUCUUAAGCCGGGCGAGGUCCUGUUAAGGGUCCCCAAGGACGCGGUAUUCUCUGCUUCUAACAGCAGUAUCGCUAAUCUGCUACUCGAAGAGGAAAUAGAUGGGAUGCUUGCCCUCAACUUGGCGUUCAUCUACGAAAUUUCUGUGUUUGGUCUUCGCAGUCAUUGGUAUAGAUACCUUAAGAGCAUCAAGUUGGAGGACCAAAACGGACUGCUCUAUCUGCCACCUAGCUGCUGGCCAGAUGAAAGAAAGAGGCAAUUAAGUAAAACAAGCCUCGACACCUUGUUCAAUGCGCUAGAACCUGAGCGAGAUCUCAAAACGGGCUACGAGGUUGCCCUUGAUCUUGCUCAAAAGUGGCACCGCGAGGCAGGCCUUUCCCUACCAGAAGGAUUUUUCGAUGAGGGUGAUCGAGAAGCGCAGUUCGCACGUUUUGUAGCCACAGCAUACGCCGUUUCAUCGCGAGCUUUUGAAAUUGAUAGCUAUCAUGAGAGUGCUCUGGUGCCGAUAGCAGACCUUUUCAAUCAUCACGUAUCUACCCCAGAUGUGCGCUUUGAGAGUUUGUACGAGGUUUGCCCACUUUGCGGUGAAAUGGGGGUGUGCGGCCACUCGAUGGAGGAGGGCGAGAUGGAGGACGAAAUGGAGAGCGAGGGAGAGGAAGAGGAAGGGACGGAGGGCAAAGGUGACAAGGAAGAUGAGAUGGAAGACGUGACGGGGGAAGAUGAGGACGAGGUAGAUGCAGAGGAAGAAGACGAUCAGGCAGAAGAAAAGGAGGACGAGGUAGGAGAAGAGGGGGACGAGGCAGAUGAAGACGGGGUUGGAGCUGAUACACAAAACAAGCAAAACUCCACGAGCACAAAGGAGCUCACGCCUCAGCUUAUACAAGAACUGGAGCUGGAGGCAGACAACCUUCCGCUACCCAAGCCCAAAAAAGACACUCUAAGUAACGGAAGGACUGCAUUCGAUGAUUUAGAUGCGGACACAUGCGUUGAUAUCGUGCUUGCAAGGUCAAUAAGCAAGAACGUCGAGAUAUUCAAUUCCUAUGGGGACCUUUCAAAUCCCUUGCUGAUUGCCAGGUAUGGAUUUUGCGUUCCAAACAAUCCCUUUGACACCGUUCAUCUGGGCCACGAAGUCGAAAAACUCUGGCGCGACUCCAAGCGCACCCUGUCUCCACGGUUUGAAUGGUGGAUCGAUUCUGGCUUUGAGCUUUUUAUGAACUGGACGCGCGCCAUGUCCGAGGAAGAUCAGUCAGAUAGCGACGAAGAGCAAGCCGAAGCUGAGGCCCCCGAACUUGAGAGCGAUGACGAGCAAAGCGAAGCAUCCAGCGAAGCUGGCUCCGAUGCUGCACUGCCGAAAUGGCAAGAAGAGUUGUGCAUCGACCACGAGGGCACUCCAACUUCGGCUUUGCAGGCCCUUGUAACCAUACUGACAUUCCCAAACGCAAAAUGGGCAAAGUUCAUCAAAAAUAGCCACAACUCCGGGAAGAUGUGGUACAAGAUGAAGACAUUGAGUGCACCAGCAGAUAAGGCGGCUCGUGCGCUUCUCAAAAAUUUACUGCUGAGCAAAAAACAGAGCUAUACCUGCUCCCCAUCUGAUUUGCAUAACGAGCCUGCGCGCGUACUGCUCAGCAGCGAAUUAGAGAUUAUAGACAAAUGCCUGACAGCGUUAAAGGCACCUGCUCCACGUACGUAG